UCCCGAGAUUCCGCGCGUCUCCGACGCGCGGGUCCGCGGCAGGAGACGCUGCUGUCGCCACUAUGCCGAUGAAGGGCCGCUUCCCUAUCCGCCGCACGCUGCAGUACCUGGGCCGCGGGGAUGUGGUAUUCAAGGAGUCGGUGAAGGUCAUGACCGUGAACUACAACACGCAGGGGGAGCUAGGCGAAGGCGCCAGGAAAUUUGUGUUUUUCAACAUCCCUCAGAUCCAGUAUAAGAACCCUUGGGUGCAGAUCAUGCUGUUUAAGAACAUGACACCAUCGCCCUUCCUGCGGUUCUAUCUAGAUUCUGGGGAGCAAGUGCUGGUAGACGUGGAGGCCAAGAGUAAUAAGGAGAUCAUGGAGCACAUAAAGAAAAUUUUGGGCAAGAAAGAGGAGACCCUCAGGGAAGAGGAACUGGAGAAGCAGCGUCAAUCUCAUCCAGCCAACUUUGGCCCCCGGAAGUACUGCUUGCGGGAGUGCAUGUGUGAAGUGGAAGGUCAGGUGCCCUGCCCUGGCCUGGUGCCCUUACCCAAGGAGAUGACAGGGAAGUACAAAGCUGCUCUGAAAGCCAGCACUUAGGUCUGAGCAAGGUCAUUUGGGAUGGACUGACGGAACUCUCUGAAAUGGAAAAGCCUGUUUGCACACCCAUUUAAAGGACAUGGGGAGAAGGCCAGAGUUGUCAGCUGCUGAACAGAUGUCAAUAAAAGAUUUAGUCUUCCUGUACAUGGUAAGCCUGAUCCUGCUGUCACAAAAACCAUAUGUAGCAAAAAGCUUUGGGCUGAGGGUACAAGGCAGUUUGUCAGUAAUAGUCCUAUGACUGUCCCCUGAUUCUUACAUUUAGUCUCUUCCUCCAGUCCCCACUCUGGAAGCUCUUGAGGGCUACUUUAUCCGGUUAGCCUGGAGCUGGCAGAGCGAGUGUUCUUCCAUGUAGGUUCUUUUGGACUUAACAGUACAAGGCCCAGUAAUCCUUGCUUCCUAAGGAGUCCACAUCUGUGGGUGGAGGGGUGCCAGUGGUGCUCUGUUGGCUGUAGCAGGGAUCUUUCUGGCCUUGAGAGUGAAGAUACCACCUAGGUGGUAACUUAUGGAGCCCAGCUGACUUGAUUCUCAACCCUUGCUUACUAGAUUAAAAAAGUAUGUGUGAGACUUC